UAAGUAGGAAGAAGGGAAUGUGUCCUGUUGCUGUCCUGGGAGAAGAUGUCUCUUGCUGUUAACAUGUCGACCACAAUGUUUCUGUCAGCGCUCCUGAUGCUGGGAGGUCUUGGAGGGGCCACAGCAUCUGACCUCCAGGUCUAUGGGAAAUUAAUCCACAGUGAUAAGACAUUGCUGAGCAGCGAAGACGGAAGACACACUGUGAGGAAACAGCCGCACCAACAAACAAAUAGUGAAAUCCGCAGGAGUUUGGAUCUCGAGAGCUUCAACAUGCAUGUGACCCCGACCACCAGCAAGAUCAGCCUCCCGUCCAUCAUCAAGCUCUACCCGCCCACAGCCAAACCUGUCCACAUGCACGCCAACAUGCCCAUGCGCUUUGGAAGAGAGAGCGAUCCUGGUGAUGACAGGGCACCAAACUCAAACCCCAACAUGCCCCAGAGGUUCGGACGGUCCUGGGAGGUGAUUCGAAUGUGUGCCGAGUGUCCUGAUAUCAGAGAAGCACCAAACCCAGCGCUGCCUGAGCGAUUAGGGAGAAAUAGUCCUUUCUGGAUCCUCCUGAGAACUCUGGCCAGUGAACAGUUAUUUAACACUGGCUUGCGCUGGGCUGAGGAUUUCGACUUUACAACCAGCUCAGAAGAGGUGGAGAUGGAAGAAAAAACCUUUAAAGGAUGAAAGGGGCUGCACAGGCCUACAAUCAGGUCUACUAUAGCAUGUAAAUAUCAAAAUAUCAAAUUGUUUUUACUGUAAAGACAAAUGUUUUAAAGUUGAAUGUUAAAAAAAGCCUAGUGAGUCCAAUGAUUGAAAUUCUUUAGUCCCUUUAACAUAGUUAUAUUAUUGUGAUGGAAAACACAUCUUAAAGAAUGAUAAUAAAA